AUGGCUCGGGAUAUGUCAGAUAAGGAAAUCCUGAAAAUGGAAUUGGAUCAAUUGAAGAAGGAAGUUAGCACUGCUAGGACACCAGUGACUGCAAACUGUGCAGAAACGAUUUCUUUUGUGGAGGGACUGGCACCAAAUGAUCCGCUGAUUAAGGGUGUUCCAGAUGACAAGAACCCCUACAAAGGAGACAAGGGCGGCUGUAUAAUAACAUAG